AUGCUAACUAGGGCUUUAGGAGUAUCUAGUUGUUUGAGACGAAUUGCAACACCAAAUAUUGUUAAAAGAACCGUUAUGACUACAAAUUUGCAACCUAAAUUUGAAAAAUUAUUUGAUCGCAUUGAUGCAUUGAAACCAGCUUUCAUCGAGAGAUUGGGUCAAGCCGUUGAAAUUCCAGCAGUUUCUGGUGAUGAGACUUUGAGACCACAGGUGGUUAAGAAGGCACAUUUCUUGGUGGACCAAUUGUCAAAAUUGGGCUUUACAGACAUUCAAUUGAAACAUUUGGGCAAACAACCACCACCAACCUCUAUUCCUGAUCUACAAUUGCCUCCUGUAGUUCUUUCAAGAUUUGGUAAUGAUCCCUCCAAAAAGACAGUUCUUGUGUAUGGUCAUUAUGAUGUGCAACCAGCAUCUUUGGAAGAUGGUUGGGAUACCGAGCCAUUCAAGAUGUAUGUUGAUGAAAAAUUGCAAUUGAUGAGAGGUAGAGGUACUACAGAUGACACUGGUCCUUUGACGGGUUGGUUAAACGUUGUACAAGCUCACAAGGAGGCAGGUGUUGAGUUGCCUGUAAAUUUGGUUACCUGUUUUGAAGGUAUGGAAGAGUCUGGAUCUCUAGGUUUAGAUGAUUUGAUUGCCAGAGAAGCUCAAGGGUACUUCAAAGGUGUGGAUGCCGUUUGUAUAUCCGAUAACUACUGGUUGGGUACGAAGAAACCAGUGCUAACCUAUGGUUUGAGAGGUGUUAAUUACUACCAAACAACUGUUGAAGGCCCAGCUGCUGAUUUACAUUCAGGUAUUUUUGGUGGUGUUGUGGCAGAGCCCCUAGUGGAUUUAACACAAGUCUUGUCAUCCCUAGUGGAUUCUAAGGGAAAGAUCCUAAUCGAUGGUAUUGAUGAAAUGGUUGCACCAUUAACUGAAAAAGAGAAAAAGCUUUAUGAAAAUAUUGAUUUCAGUUUAGACGAUUUGAAUGCAGCAACCGGCUCCCAAACUGCGCUUUACAACAAGAAGGAGGAUAUCCUCAUGCACAGAUGGAGAUACCCAUCAUUGUCCUUGCAUGGUGUUGAAGGUGCUUUCUCGUCUGCCGGUGCCAAGACUGUUAUCCCAGCUAAAGUCCAUGGUAAAUUUUCCAUUAGAACUGUUCCUGAUAUCGAUUCUGAUAAGUUGACUAAGUUGGUGCAAGAUCACUGUAACAAGGUUUUCGCUAAAUUGGGAUCUCCUAACAAAUGUUCUACGGAAUUGGUUCAUGACGGUAACUAUUGGGUUUCCGAUCCCCAUAACGCAUCUUUCACUGCUGCUGCAAAGGCUACGAAAGACGUAUACGGUGUGGAACCUGAUCUAACUAGAGAAGGUGGAUCGAUCCCUAUUACUCUAACUUUCCAAGAUCAAUUGAAAUGUAACGUUCUAUUGUUGCCAAUGGGUAGAGGUGAUGACGGUGCACAUUCCAUCAAUGAGAAAUUAGAUAUCAGUAAUUUUGUUGGCGGUAUGAAAAUGAUGGGUGCCUACUUACACUACUAUGCUGAAUCUAAAGAGAAUUGA